AUGCUGCUCCCUACUCUCCUCUUUGGGAUGGCGGCACUAACCAACGGGCGGUGGUGUGAGCAGACGGCGACCCUCCUGGUGGAGGAGGAAGUGACCCCCCGUCAGGAGGACCUGGUGCCCUGCACCAGCCUCUACCAUGACCUGAGCCAGGUGAGUGGACCUGUCCUCGGUGGCCCUGCAGGGCUGUGUCCCAUCUACAAGUGAGCGAGGGUCAGACCUAUUGUGUUGACCCAGACAGUGAGGGCCUGCUGCCCAGGCUUGGGGGACCCCAACUGCAGCCUGGCCCUGGCAGACGCCAGCCCCAAGGGCCACUGCUCUGCCAUGUGGCAAUGCCAGCCUCAGGCAGGCUCGGCUAACGGUUCUGCAGGAAGCCUGGAGGAGUGCUGUGCCCGGCCCCGGGGACACAGCUGGCGGGAUGGCCGUUCCCAGGCCUGCCUCAGCUGCCCCAGACAGCAGCUCCCAGGGAGCACCCCCUCUCCAGCCCGUCUGCAGCCCCUGGCAGGGGCCGUGGCCCAACUCUGGAGCCAGCGCCAGCGACCCUCGGCCACCGGUGCCACCUGGUCUGGCUUCCACUACCGCACCUUUGAAGGCCGCCACUACCACUUCCUGGGCCACUGCACUUACCCGUUGGCAGGUGCUGCUGACUCCACCUGGACCGUCCACCUGAGCCCCGGGGGCCCUUGUCUGCAGCCUGGGCACUGUCAGCCGGCCUGGGUGCUGAUGGGACCAGAGGAAGUGCUGAUUCGGGGCAGAAACGUCUCUGUGAAUGAGCAGCUGGUACCUGAUGGGGAGUCGCAGCUGCUCCCCGGCCUGAGCUUGCAGUGGCAAGGGGACUGGUUGGUGCUGUGGGGGGGGGUGGGGGUCAUGGUGCGGCUGGAUGGGCCCAGUUCAGUCUCCAUUUCUGUGGACCAUGAGCUCCAGGGACAGACGUGAGGCCUCUGUGGGGUCUACAGUGGUCGGCGUGAAGAUGACUUCUUGGAGCCAGGAGGCGGCCUGGCUGCGUUGGCGGCCACGUUUGGGAAUUCCUGGAGGCUCCCUGACUCAGAGCCUGGGUGUCUGGAUGCAAUGGAGGCAGCCCAGGGCUGCGAGGAGCCCCCUCUGAGGGGCACAGAAGCGGGUGUGGAGGCUGGCCAGCUGCGGGCUGAAGCCCAGGAUGUGUGCCACCAGCUGCUGGACGGCCCAUUCAGAGAAUGCCAUGCCCAGGUCCCCUCUGCCGGCUACCAGGAGGCCUGCUUCUUUCCCUACUGUGCCGCGGACCCAGCGGGCACUGGCAGGGAGGGCGUACGUAGGCAGGCUGUGUGUGCCACCUUGGCCAACUAUGCCCAGGACUGUGCCAAGCGGGGCAUCCACGUGCUCUGGAGGAAGCCAGGCUUCUGUGAGCGCCGGUGCCCGGGAGACCAGUUGUACUCGGACUGCGCCCCUGCCUGCCCGCCCAGGGGCUGGGUGGGGGACGAAGGAGCGGAGGGGUCCUGCGGCGAAGAAUGCGUGAGCCGCUGCGAGUGCCCGCCCGGCCUCUCGGGCCGCGCCCUCUCUGUGCCGGCCGCUUGCUGCCCCUGCUUCCACCGACGCCAGCGCUGCCCCGGGGACCCUGUGCGCCAGCGGUGCAACCCGUGCGUGUGCCAGGACUGCCGCUGGCUCUGCGCGCAGGCGCCGUGCCGGUCCGAGUGCGCGGUGGGCGGCGAUGGGCACUACCUCACCUUUGAUGGGCGGAGCUUCUUCCGCGGCAGUUCAGGUUGCCGCUCGGUCCUGGUGCAGGACUUGGCCAAGGGGCAGCUGUUGACCGUGCUGGAGCAGGGUGCCUACGACUCUGGGAGCUGCCACCGCGCCGUCUCGGUCUCCCUGGGGGACACCCACGUGCAGCUCAGGGACUCAGGAGCUGUCCUGGCCAAUGGGCAGGAUGCGGGCCUGCCCUGGAGCAGCCCCGUGGGCCUCAGCGUCUCCUGAGCCUCUCCCACCUUCCUGCUGCAGCGCUGGUCUGGAGCCCAGGUCCUCUGGGGGGAGGUGUCUGACCCUGCAGCCUACAUCAUCCAGGACCCUCACCAUGCCCACCAGGUGCAGGGGCUGUGUGGCACCUUCACCUGGAGCCAGCAGGACGACUUCCCAACGCCUGCUGGCAAUGUGAAGACCAGCAUUGCUGCCUUUACUAGCAAGUUCCAGCUAGCAGGCCAGGGAAGGUGCCCCUCGGAGGACAGCACCCCACUGUCCCCCUGCAGCACCCACACACAGCACCACGAUCUCUCGGAGACAGUCUGUGCCAUUCUGAAUGGCCCGGCCUUCCAGGAGUGCCACUGGGUGGUGGACAGGAUGUUCCACCGUCGCUGCUUGGCAGCCGUGUGUGGCUGUGCCCCCGGCAGGGACUGCCUGUGCCCGGUGCUCGCCGCCUAUGUUUGCCGCUGUGCCCAGGAGGGUGCCCCAUCUCCCUGGAGGAACCAGACUCUGCCGUCAGACCAGGCGCCUGGAGGAGGAGUCUGCUUGGAGCCAGCGUCCUGCCCCUGUGAAUGGGGGGGCAGCUUCUUCCCACCAGGCACGGUGCUACGGGAGAACUGCGGGAACUACACGUGCCUGGACAGCCAGUGGUUUUGUGGGGGUGACAGUGCCUGCUGUGAGGGGCCAGGGCCUGGCUGUGCAGAGGGAGAGGCUCCUGUGCUGGGAGAGCAGGCAUGUGUACCCCACGAGCGGCUUUGUGACAACCAGGAUGACUGUGGUGAUGGCUCAGAUGAGGAGGGCUGUGCUACUCUGGGCUGCCGGGAGGAGCAGAUGUCUUGCAGCUCUGGCCGCUGCCUGCCCCUGGCCCUGCUCUGGGAGGGGCAGGAUGACUGUGGAGACAGGACAGAUAAGCAGGGCUGUCCCUGUCCCCCCAGCUCCCUGGCCUGCGUGGAUGGGCAUUGCCUGCCCCCGUCCCUGCUCUGUGAUGGAUGCCCUGCUUGUCCAGAUGCUGCUGACGAGGAGUCCUGUCUGGGGCAUGUGAGCUGCACCCCCGGGGAGGUGCCCUGCACCGAUGGCGGCUGCAUGGGGGCCAUCCAGCUGUGUGACGGAAUCUGGGACCGCCCAGAUGGAGCAGAUGAGGGGCCCGGGCACUGCCCUCUCCCCUUGCUGCCCACACCCCCUGCUGGCACCUCCCCCAGCCCCUCUGCUGGCUCCCCGGUGGCUGCUCCAACCCCUCCGCCAGCACCAGCUCUGGUGAGGCUCUUGGGGGGACAGGGGUCAGAAACCUGGGGUGAGGCAGCCUGGAGCGGGGGCAGGAGGGCAUAUCCGAGGAUUUGGGGCAGAUGCUGGGGUAGGGAGGAGCAGGGCAUGAACCCCAGCUUCCUGAAGACAAGGUGCCGUGGGGGGCGGGGGGCGCCCCCAGUAGAAUACUCCUGCCUGGAUGGCCUCUGCAUCAGUUUCCAGCUGGUGUACAACGGGAAGCCCGACUGUGAAAUGGCGUCAGAGGCCAAGGUCUCCCCAGAAGGGCAGGGUUGUAGGGCCUGGGGCCCCUGGAGCCUGUGGGGGCCGUCCCACACGUGUGGGCCCGGGGUGCAGGGCCGGAGCCGCGGCUCCCCACCCGAGCUCCCGGUGCUGCAGCUCUGCCCAGGCCUUUGGCACCAGACUCAGGCCUGCUUCACGGCUGCCUGCCCAACGGACAGUGAGUGGACCUCCUGGUUGCCCUGGUCCCUGUGCUCUGAGCCAUGUGGGGGCACCGAGACCCGGCAGCUGCAGUGCUGCCAGCCCCAGAAUGGGGGCCUGGACUGUGCUGGGCCGUCUGGGGGCACGCACAGCACCCACCAGACCCGUCCCUGCUCUCAGGAUGGCUGCCCCAGUGCCACCUGCUCUGGGGAGCUAGUGUUCUGGCCCUGUGCCCCCUGCCCUCUGACCUGCGAUGACCUCUCCAGUCAGACUGCGUGUGCUGCAGACCAGCCCUAUGGCAGCCCAGGCUGCUGGGGCCCCUCAAGGCAGGUGCUGGGCUGGGCGGGGCAGUGUUUGCGGCCCAGGCAGUGCCCCUGCUACUGGCCUGGGGAGCCCAUCAAGGUCAACUGCCAGCUCUGCAUCUGCCAGGACGGGUGGCCCCAGAGCUGCCGACCCGACCUGGACUGUGCCGUGCACUGUGGCUGGUCGCCCUGGUCCCCCUGGGCUGAGUGCCUGGGUCCCUGUGGGAGCCAGAGCAUUCAGUGGUCCUUCCCGAGUCCCAACAACUCCCGCUGCUCCAGCCAAGGUCACCAGUGCCGAGGCAUCUGGACAGAUACUGCCAGGUGCCAGGCCAAGCCACGUGGGGGCUGUGAGAAGCACGGCCAGGUCCACCGUGUGGGUGAGCACUGGCGAGGGGGCCCCUGUACAGUCUGCCAGUGUCUGCACAACGGCACCUCGCUGUGUUCCCCCUACUGCCUGCUGGGCAGCUGCCCCCAGGACUGGGUCCUGGUGUUCCGGGGCAGGGGAGGGUCAUGCUGCCACUGCGUCCUGCCUGGUGAGUGGGCCAGGGGGUGGCAGCCCCCAGGAGCAGAGGGAGGGGCGUCCUGGGGAGUCCAUGCAGACAGUGACCAUCACCCCCACCUCCCAGCCCGAGGCCAUAGCCCUGCAACCAGAAAUGGCAGCGGUGACAGUGCUGUCCCCAGGGGCCCCCGCCAUGCAGCCCAGGCCAGAUGCCCUGUGAGGAGCUGGGCUGGGUGGAGCUGGAGCAGCUGUGUGACAUGGAGCAGGUCCCUGGACAGCUCUGAUGAGAGGCACUGCAUGCCAGGCGCCUGGGGACUUUGGGCCCCCUGGUCCCCCUGCUCAGCCCCCUGUGACGGAGGCAUCCAGACAGUUGGGCGCGGCUGCUCUGGCUCGGCUGCUGGGGACGCCGAGUGCCAGGGACCCCACAGCCAGACCAGGGACCGCAACACGCAGCCCUGCACGGCCCAGUGCCCAGGGGACAUGGUAUUUCACUCACCUAAGCAGUGCCACCGAGGGGGUCCGUGCCCUCGGCUGUGCCGGCAGUGCCCUGGGGUACAAUGCUCCGGCUCCUGUGUCCCCGGCUGUGCCUGCCCCCGCCUCUUCCUGCACAAUGCCAGCUGCCUGCCCCGCACUCUGUGCCCCUGCCAGCUGCACGGGCAUCUCUAUGAGCCGGGAGCAGUGGCUCGGCUGGACUCCUGUAACAACUGCACCUGUGUCUCUGGCGAGAUGGGGUGCACCUCGGAGCGCUGCCCAGCGGCCUGUGGCUGGAGCCCCUGGACCUUGUGGAGUCUCUGCAGCCGCAGCUGCAACGUGAGGAUUCAAAGGCGUUUCUGGGCGGGCACUGCACCCCCGGCUGCCUUUGGGGGUGCCAUGUGCCAGGGCCCCAGUAUGGAGGCUGAGUUCUGCAGCCUGCGGCCAUGUCAAGGUCCGGGGAGGGAGUGGGGCCCCUGGUCUCCGAGCUCCGUGCCCUGAGGCAGUGGCUUCCAGAACCACGCCCAAGGCAGUGGCCUGAACACCACGGACUUCUCCAGCUGUGGUCUACAGCCCUGUGCAGGGCCAGUGCCUGGUGUGUGUCCCAGGGACAAGCAGUGGCUGGAUUGUGCCCAGGGUCCUGCCUCCUGUGCCGAGCUCAGCGCCCCCGGAGAGACGAACCAGACCUGCCAGCCUGGCUGCUACUGCCCCCCGGACCCUCCUGCUUCUGAGGAUCCUUGGGGACCCUGGUUCAGCUGUCGCCGGAGCUGUGGGGGAGGCCUGCGGAGCCGCACUGGAGCCUGUGACCAGCCCCCACCCCAGGGAUUCUGCGAGGGGCCUCGGGCCCAGGGGGGGGCCUGCCAGGCCCUGCCCUGUCCAGUGACCAACUGCACCUCCAUAGAAGCCGAGUUUAACCCCUGUGGCCCUCCCUGUCCUCGAUCCUGUUAGGACCUCGUGCACUGUGUGUGGCACUGCCGGCCCGGCUGCUACUGUCCCCUGGGCCAGGUGCUGAGUGCAGAUGGGGCCCUGCGUGUGUGGCCCGGCCACUGCGGCUGCCUGGACCUGCUGACCCGGCUGGCCUGGCCCGACGGCUGCAACUACUGCACCUGCUUGGAGGGGAGGCUGAACUGCAUGGACCUGCCAGGUACAUUGCCUGGUGGCCUGUGCCCGUGGUCGGAAUGGACGUUGUACUCCCAGACCUGCAGGGGUCAGACGAGGACCCUCGCCCGGGCCUGUGCCUGUCCCACCCCUCAGCACGGAGGCCCCCGGUGCCCUGAGGACACAGGGGAGGGGUCGGCCCAGCUUCAGAAGGAGGCCUGCCCCACCCCGGCGUGCACCCAGGUGAGAUGCCCAGACUGCCCAGUGGAUGGAGCCUGGGGCCCACGGGGACCAUGGUCUCCCUGUGGCGCGUGCCUGGGGCAGUCCCAUGGGAACCGGGUGUGCAGCUGGCCCCCCACACCUGAAGGAGGCAGGCCCUGUCCCAGGGGCCACAGGCAGAGCUGCCCCUGUCAGGACAGCUCCAUGCGGUGCCCAGACUGUGGGGGAGGCCAGGCUCUUCUCCCCUGUGGGCCGCCCUGCCCUCGCUCCUGCCAGGACCUGGCCCUGGGGAACCUGUGUCAGCUGGGGGCCACAGGCUGCCAGCCCAGCUGCGGGUGCAUCCCUGGCCAGCUGUCCCAGGAUGGCCUCGGUGUGGCCCCCGCCCACUGCCAGUUCCAGCCCAGAGCCGUGGGGGUCCCUCAGAACCAGAGCCGGGCACUGGGGUCUGAGCUCAGCUCUUGGGAGAUCCUGGAACCCAGAGAGGUGGUGACCAGGCCAUGUGACAAACUGAUUUCUGCAUGA